AGUCUUGCAGAAGAGUUAAUGGAACACAGUAACAAUGUAACAGAAUUUGUCCUUCUGGGACUCAUUCAGGAUCCUGAGGGCCAAAAAGUGUUAUUUGUCAUGUUUUUGCUCAUCUACAUUGUGACAAUGGUAGGCAACCUGCUCAUUGUCAUGACUGUUAUUUUCAGCCCCUCUCUGGGCUCCCCCAUGUACUUCUUCCUUGCCUAUCUGUCAGUCAUGGAUGCUGUUUAUUCCACUGCUGUUUCUCCCAAAAUGAUUGUAGACUUACUCUGUGAUAAAAAGACUAUUUCUUUCCCAGCUUGCAUGGGCCAGCUCUUUAUAGAACACUUAUUUGGUGGUGCUGAGGUCUUUCUUCUGGUGGCAAUGGCCUAUGAUCGCUAUGUGGCCAUCUGUAAGCCACUGCACUACUUGACCAUCAUGAAUCGACAGGUUUGCAUUCUGUUGCUGGUGGUGGCCUGGGUUGGAGGUUUUUUGCACUCUGUGGUUCAACUUCUCUUUGUGUAUAGCCUCCCCUUCUGUGGCCCCAAUGUCAUUGAUAACUUCGUCUGUGAUGUGUACCCUUUAUUGGAACUUGCUUGCACUGACACCUAUUUUAUGGGUCUCACCGUGGUUGCCAAUGGUGGAGCCAUCUGUACGGUAAUUUUUAUCCUUCUACUGAUCUCCUAUGGAGUCAUCCUCAGCUCCCUGAAGACUCACAGUCAGGAAGGGAGGCGCAAAGCCCUGUCCACCUGCAGCUCCCACAUCACAGUGGUUGUCCUCUUUUUUGUCCCCUGUAUUUUCAUGUAUGUUAGACCUGUUUCCAACUUUCCCAUUGACAAAUCAAUGACUGCAGUUUUUACGGUUAUCACUCCGCUGUUGAAUCCUCUGAUAUACACCUUGAGAAAUUCUGAGAUGAAAAAUGCUAUGGAAAAAAUGUGGAGCAGAAAGUUAACCACAGGUAGAAGAAGGCUGUGCAUCCACACUGAUAAUACCACUUCUAAAGCUAAAGUAGCAAAUAGGCAAUAAAUUAUCACAAUGAACGAUUUAGUCAAUUCAAUGGAUUCUCUAGGAAUACUUCCCUUUAUUGAUGCAAAGUCAUCCAAAAUGUGGAGUACAUUAUUCUUU